AGGUGAAGAGAGGUACAGAAAUAGAAGACAGAGAGAGAGUUAAUAUUAAUAGACUAUAAGGAAGUGGACCUUGUGCUGACACCAGUCUUCAGGAAACAGUUCAGACGCGAAGACUGAGAGCAGGAGGUGGACCACAGGUGUGUGUGUUCCCAAAUAUGUAUGUGGACAAGAGAGACCGUACCAGUGCAGAGAGACCAGUAGGGACAGAGAGACCAGCAGAGAGACCGUACCAUUAGCUCUUCAUCAUGAAGUUGGAGCAAAAGAUCCAUGUGUUCCAGUUCCUCUUGACCAUCUGCAACUGUCUCUACCUGAUCCUGGGUGCGAGCAUCUUGGGCUGUGCUUCGUGGAUCCUUUUCGACACUGGAAAUCUUCUCAGGGACAUCCAUUCUGAUGAGCUGGAGACCGUGGCUGGAGGCCUGUUCCUGGUGGGCCUGCUGGUGCUAGCCGUCGCUGCUCUGGGCUACGCCGCGGCUCACUGCCAGGCCAGGCUCAUGCUGCAGCUGUACAUGGCGUUCCUCAUCGUGCUUAUCCUUGGCCAGCUGUUUAUUAGCCUGGUCUUGCUAACAAGUCAAAAAAAGAUCGAGGGGGCUCUGGACGAGGCUGUGGACCAGAUGAUCAUCAGCUACGCAGGCGGCAGGGAUCUGACCGCCUCAGACCGACUGCUGGACGAGCUACAGCGCACCGAGAAGUGCUGCGGCAGGACUGGCCCGGACGAUUGGAAGACAAACCUUUACAUCCAGAAUCUGACCAAUCAGGACGUACUUCCCUGCGCCUGCUUCAACACUUCCUGUCCGUCUGGCCCUGGGGGGGAGCCCCCCCUCUUUGGGGCGUCCGUAGGGAACGACUCGUAUCAGGAGGGCUGUAAAGAGAAGAUCACUGAUUGGCUGGCGGAAAAUGCUCUCACCAUUGUUGCCAUGGACGCCAGUAUCAUUAUCCUUCAGGUUCUACAGAUCAUUCUGGCUGUGUAUCUCUACAAGGCUGUUUCUCAACAAUCCCGGGUCAAGGGUUCCAGAGUCCUUAUGGAACCGGAGCCGGACCAGACGGACCCCGGUCCCGACCUCCGCGAGGACCAGGGCGGGUUCUACGGCGAGGAGAACCGGGCCUAUUGGGACCCGGAACCACCACACACAGAAAGCACUGGUUACCCUAACGCCCAGAACCCAUACGCAGAACAUGAGAGACCCGGUCAAGGCUACAAUCAAGUGUACUAUUGAUCAUGUGCAUGUCCCAUGAGCCUACCUGUACUGGUAACCAGGUAGAGGAUACCGGGUUACCUGUACUGGUAACCAGGUAGAGGUUACUUGUACCAGUUCGGGAAUUUAAUUAAAUAAAUGUUUGGUGUCGUUUUUAACAGAUGUUUGGAUUAAUCAACCUUUAAGUCUUGUUUAGCUCAAACAAUAAACUUCCAUGUAAUAUUA